CACGUAAACGAGAGACUAGUGGGUGGGACCGAGGUGUGCUCUGGUGCAUAAAUAGAGGCUGGGCCGAGGGAGCACACUUGGAAGCUUGGACGCAUCAAGGCCACCUGGCUCCAAGACAGGUGGGCGGGGAAAGACAGAUUUGCCAUGGAGAAGAUUUCAGUGUCAACAUUCUUACUCCUGGUGGCCCUCUCCUACACCCUGGCCAAGGAUACCACUGUCAAACCAGGAGCCAAGAAGGAUACAAAGGUCUCUUCACCCAAACUGCCCCAGACCCUCUCCAGAGGUUGGGGUGAUCAACUCAUCUGGACCCAGACAUAUGAAGAAGCUUUGUACAAAUCCAAGACAAGCAAUAAACCCUUGAUGAUUAUUCACCACUUGGAUGAGUGCCCACAUAGUCAAGCUUUAAAGAAAGUGUUCGCCGAAAAUAAAGAAAUCCAGAAACUGGCAGAGCAGUUCGUCCUCCUCAAUCUAGUUUAUGAAACAACUGACAAGCACCUUUCUCCUGACGGCCAGUAUGUCCCCAGGAUUAUGUUUAUCGACCCAUCCCUGACGGUUAGAGCAGACAUCACCGGGAGAUACUCAAACCGCCUCUACGCUUACGAACCUUCGGACGCAGCUCUGCUUGUUGACAACAUGAAGAAAGCACUCAAGUUGUUGAAGACUGAAUUGUAGAGAGAGAAAACAACAUUUGCAAGCUCUUCUCUCUGUGUUUGGCCAUGACCUGGGACCAGAGGGGACUUCAGAAGACUCUGGAGAAGACAGGAGCGUGGGUGGACAUGCUCAUUAGAUUAUGGUUUAAUGUUACAACAGCUAUUUUUUUUAAAUUUGGUUUUAAGUAUACAUGUAUGAAAACAAUAUUGUAUACUACCAUAGUGAGCCAUACUUUUUAAAAAAAUAAAUCCU